CGUAGUUCUCGUCUAUGUAACCUGGCUAGUGCCGUUGCCAGACUACCACCGCCGAUGGAGGUCAUGCAAGUCCGGAUGUGUUCGUGACGCACGUCCCCGACUAAUACCCCGUCCUAAGAAGACUGGGUUGUGUAUCAGAUCCCGCCCUACCAUAACUUUCUUAUAAUGAUGGCAGUACGCGUUACCCGGGCCCUUUUGCAACCACCAAUUUAUGUUAUCGUCCUCUACCUGCCACGCCGCUACCCGAAGUCAAGAUGUCACUGAGACCGCGCUCCUCUGGGGGCCCGAGUUCGAAAGGUUCAGCUAACAGCUUUAAGUAUGACAAGAGAGUCUCUCGGGAUGACUCUUUUAUCAAUCAUAGAGCAGGUGCCGCAGCAGAAUUUAGGGUGCAUGGUUUUUCACAAAGGCCACUACCUACUCCAGAGUCUAGUCCGCGGACAUCACCUCCACAAAAUAUAUAUAUUCCAACUAUCAGGAUGCCUACUCCUGAAUCUAUUAACGAGGUUUAUCCUACGGAAAUUGGCAUGGCACUCGGGAGUCCUACGAUGAGUAUGAGUCCGGCGAACGGGAGCUUGCAAACACCACAAGCUAUGGCUAAGACCUCGCAAGGCUCAACUGCGUCUCUAGUUUCACAAACAUCUGGUGUUAGCACUGCUGGUUCUCCAGAGAAGUCUCUGCGCAGGAAGCAGUCGGGGAAGUGGAGGUUGUUUGGCAUGUUCGGGAAGAAGUCAUCGGACCAGUCGCACUCGAAGGUAAACGAGCAGAAAGGCACGCCCCUACCUGAACAGCCGGCGAAUUUAGCAUCCCAGUCUCGGUAUGACUUGAAAGUGGAGAGGAGCAACACUGUCGGUACACGAAGAGCGCCAAGGCAUAAGCCCGUCGCAUCCAGAUCUCAAACGAUGCCUUACCAGGGAGACAGCUCGGCGCAGGAGUCAAAGUCGACGUUGAGAGAAAGGAGUAAGGAGACACACGGGAGAAUACCGAUAGCGUUAGACAACAAACCGGCUCCAAGUGGUCCCCUGUUGGAUGUUGAGAUUCCCCAGAUUACGAUGGAGAGAUACAGCGUUAUGUUUGGAAGCGUCUUACAGUCACAGCCUUCGUUAUUAGCUCGACGGCAAGUUACCGUUCAGAAACUAAAAGACGUUGAUGGCGCUACAGAACAUGACAAAGGGAGGAAGCAUCAUGAUGUCUCGAGAAGAGAGUCGUCCCCUGCGGACAUGUCACCAUCACUUGCUUUAUUUCCUGCGGCUCCUUCUCAGAAGCCAGCACAGACAUCUCAUAACUCAUCAUCGCGUUUAAGAUCCAACACCUCUCCAGCACAACUUCGGUCACCUUUAAAAGCGAGCUUCGAUGAACCGAUCCCCCACCUUCGCAAAGGACCAUCCGUCAAUCGUUAUCCACAGGAAAAACUCACCAUUGCAACUCUAGCUAGAGCAAGGGAGCAACAGGCUGCCGCCAGGGAAAGGGAACAUCAGUUCACCCCUGAGACAUCAAGUCUAAUACUAGAAUCUCCGAUCGACCCGCCUUCUUCUCCCGAAAUCGAGGUCGUCAAGUCGGAACCUUUACGGCCAAAAGCUUCAUACAUGCAAGAACCCAAGUGGCAAAUGAUAACACCGCCAAACCCCACGCCCCCAACUACAUCAUCCUCAUCAUCAAAAAGCGAUAAAAAGUCACCUCUUUCCCCUACGUCACCCGCACACUCGCAUCUAAGCCAGAAGAUAUCCCAGGACGACGAUGACGACGACGACGACGACGACGAUAUAGUAGAUAGUUCCAACAUGAACCCCGUCGAAUUAUCAAUCGCCAGGCAGAUAUCGAUAUCCAGACAGCAGCGAAAGAUGCUGAAGCCCCUGAACAAGGCGGCGUCGGUCAGAAAACGGCCGCCACCGGUCCCGAGGAUUGCUACCGCCCAGAACGAGAGGCUCGCUGAGACCAAGACCGCAACGCCGACCUUGAUCACUCCCGAAGAAGAGGUAACAGCAGAGUCCCCCUUGGCAUACCAUCGGAAGAGUGAACGGGUCGUUUUGGACCGCGCGUAAACUAGAUCGCUUUUUUUUUCUUUUUUUCUUCUUCUUCACAUCUGUCCUUACGGCAUCCCCCUACUUAUUCAGCUUACCUAUAGGGAGUUAGUUACUUUGUCAGAUUCGCAUUUUUACUUCUCUUCGACCCGGCGUUCGUGGCGCCGAUAUUACCCAACCCAUACUUAGCAUUCGUAUAGACAG